AUGUUUCGAAACUUUGGAGAGCUUAAGGAGUUUAGGGAAAGAUUGUUUGAUUCUAUAGGCUGGCUUGUCCCAAAGGUAAGUCACAGUCCAUCGGUUUCACUUAUCCUCGGGUAUAGAUGUAUCUACCAUACUUUGUGUUGUGUUGUGUUGUGUUCUGUCCUGUCGUUUUAUGUUAUGUCAUGUCAUGUCAUGUCUUGUUCAAUGAUCUCAUGUGAUGUGUCACCGCGUUGUAUUAUAAACCAACGACAACUGUUGAUGACAUUGUUAUGCUACUCACAAUUCUCUGUCUUCCGUAAGUUAAACAUCCAGUUGUUUCAAAACGUCUACAUACCCCAUCGUCCUAGAUUAAAAAUAUCAAAACAGAGCAUAAUGACCACUGGCAAAAUUUCAAAGAAUACUCCUGUCAAAAAAAGACAGAUAUCUAUCGAAGAUUUCUUUGGCAAAGAUAAUAACAAAAAGGUGAAAACCGUUCACAUUGUCAAAACCCCUAUCAGCUCUCCCCUUUCUUCCACUGCUACCAUAUCUUCAACUACAUCAGCGGAAAAACCAUCCUCAAACGACUCGCACCUGCCAUCAGACAAGAUUAAGGAAGAUAAUCAACCGCAAGAUAAUGAAACAGUGGUCAAAGAUCCAAAAAAGAAUGUCCUUUGUCAACAUUUGGAUCCUCACAAAUUAUCGUUGUUGAAUCUAGAAUUGUUAACAAUGGAUCAUUCAUGGUUCAUGAAACUUCAAAGUGAAUUCACAAAAAACUAUUUCCUUGAACUGAAAUCUUUCCUACAGAAUGAACAGGCUUCUCACACCGUCUUCCCGCCUCCAAGAGACAUCUACUCAUGGACUAGGCUCACCCCCUUCGACAAAGUCAAAGUGGUCAUCAUCGGACAAGACCCAUACCACAAUUUUAAUCAAGCCCAUGGUCUGGCCUUCAGUGUCAAAGAACCAACACCGGCACCACCUUCUCUGAAAAAUAUCUACAGAGAAUUGAAAAACAACUAUCCAGAUUUCAAAAUCGAUAACAACAGAGGCGAUUUGUCCUGCUGGGCAUCCCAGGGUGUUUUGCUUUUGAACACAUCGUUGACCGUUCGGGCACAUAAUGCAAAUUCCCAUGCCAACCAUGGCUGGGAGGUUUUCACAUCCAAGGUCGUGGAGCUAUUGAUCAAAGAUAGAGAAAACAAUGGGCGCAAUUUGGUUUUCUUACUCUGGGGUAAGAAUGCAAUAAACUUGGUGGAAAAUCUGCUAAAGAAAGUCAGUAAAGAAAAUAAAAGGGAUUGGAGGUCAUUCAACAACCUAUUGGUAUUGAAAUCAGUUCAUCCAUCACCCUUAAGUGCAAAUAGAGGAUUUUUCGGUAACAACCAUUUUAAAAAGAUUAAUAAUUGGUUAUACCACGAAAAGAAAGAGAAAAUGAUAGAUUGGAGUGUAGUCCCCGGUUGUAAAAUAAAAGAAAUAGAAGAAAAAUAA